ACAACAAAACUUUUCCCGCAAGGCCAUCAGUCACGGGUUACAUGUCGCUCUAUAUAUGUAAUUCAUUUUUGCCGCUAGGUCAAUUGGUCGUAGAAUAGGAGCUGUAUCGGAGGAAAUUGGGUGACGAUUGGAUCCGUAAUCUGAUCGGAUCAUUAAGUUAAACACCCUCGUUCGACACUCUUUUGUCUGUGUAGGCGCUGCCGGAACUUCCUGAACCUCUAGCUGUACUGCAGGACGUUUCCGCCUGUUAAUGGAUGGAGUGUCUAGCCCUGCUUUGCACGAGAGAUAACGUUUCUUCCUGCCAUCCCUGUAAUAAACCAUUACAACCUGAUGAUCAGAAAAACUGGAAUAGUUAUAUUGACUUAAUAAUUGAAAAGUGGCAGGGAGAUUUGUCUGCUCUUUCCUACUAUGUUGGACUUCGCACAAAGCCAAACUGCUGUACUCCAAGAAGCGGCGCAUCAUGUGUCUUGCAUCACGUGACCGAAGAUGUCGUGCAUCCGACAAAUUUUUAUGACCUCAGCUGUUCAGAUUUUACAUCUGGCGGCUUUGUUCCUUGCGAAAAGCGUGCUGUAGAUCGCUGCUGCACCAGUGAUCACUGCAAUAUUCCCACAUCGACAGAACUUUCUAACCUUCGAAACGUCUCUUCUUUGAACCCUCAGCUUAUCCUCAUCUGUGUGCUCGCUUCGUUAUGUUUUGCACUAUGUUGCAUCCUAUUUGCUUGUUGCUGUCGGAUCCGUCGAUCUUUUGGUUCUAAAUGGCCUGCAGACGCCGCAGCUCUGCGGUUAAUUGACGGUGACCCGCAACCUGCUGAGAUGGCUCCUCAGUCUAAUUGUCGAGGCAGUAUGAAAAUUGCCACUACAGCCUCUUCAGCGAACUCCGCAGGCUUCGGUAGCGUUUCAGCCGGUACGUUUGGUGUUCAGGGGGCCAACAGUCUCAGCAGCAGCGGAAUGGGUCGCACCACUCUCACUCAGUUGAACACUGGCUCUUAUUCGACGUCGCCACUAACCGUUGCCCCGUUCACAAGCACCGGCACUAGCUCUGUGUCCCCUACCUUGCAAGAGCUGUUGGACGAAACUUGCAGUGGUUCUGGUUCCGGUGUCGCUUUGCUAGUCCAGCGAACGGUAGCGCGUCAGAUACAGCUGGAGGAACGAAUCGGUGAGGGCAGGUACGGGGAAGUAUGGCGAGGUGUUUGGCAAUGUGAUCAAGUUGCGGCCAAAAUAUUUUCCAGUCGCGAUGAGCGUUCAUGGUUUCGAGAAACUGAAAUUUACCAAACUGUUAUGCUCCGCCACGCGAAUAUCCUCGGGUUCAUCGCUGCAGACAACAAAGAUAACGGCCUGUCAACUGAAUUGUGGCUCAUCACAGAGUAUCAUCCACUGGGUUCGCUGUUUGGAUUUCUACACGAACACUGUUUUCUACCGUCUGCCUUGAUACGGGCUGUGGCUUCCAUAGCGAACGGGUUGGCACAUUUGCAUAUGGAGAUCACUGGGACUCAGGGCAAGCCUCCGAUCGCUCAUCGUGACUUGAAGUCUAGAAAUAUCCUGGUAAAAACAGACGGGGAAUGUUGCAUCGGUGACCUUGGCUUUGCGUUGAAGCUGGACUCCAGCCUAGCGACAGCUGAUUUGUCAACGCAUUCCGAUCGAGUGGGGACGAAGCGCUAUAUGGCUCCUGAGGUGUUGGACAACACCAUCCGACAAACAUCUCCGGAGGCCUACAAGCAGGCUGACAUAUACAGCCUUGGUCUAAUAUUUUGGGAAAUAACCCGGCGGUCUUGGGCCUUUGGUUUGUUUGUUCCCGAAGGAUAUCAACUUCCAUACGAGGAUCUUGUAUCACAGGAUCCAUCUGUUGAGGAAAUGAAGUCGAUAGUUUGUGAGCAGGGAUUACGCCCCGUUUCGCCCACUAACUGGUCCAGGCAUCAAGUUAUUGCCGCCCUACAAGACUUAAUGUGCGAGUGCUGGUACGCCAAUCCAACUGCCCGGUUGCCUGCAAUGAGAGUGAAAAAAUCGCUUGCCGCGCUUCGCAAACAAGUGGAGCUUAAUCCCUGUCUUUCCCUCAUCCCACCGGAGCUAGUGGUUCCUCCCUCCGCAACACAAGGUCUACCUCCAGGCAUCAUCCGCUACUCCAUGGUUGUGCCAAACGCGCCGCUAGAUGAUUCAGCUGUUGAAGAAACCAUGCACACCGUUCACACGACUUCGGACGUCUGCGGGCGCGAUGAAGGAAAACCAGGGACGGUAAAUGUAUAAACAUAGGCGGCAGUCGUACUGGCUCCAUCCAUCGACCUACACGACCGUCUCUCGGACCUGAAUCGGCCACCCAAACUGAGCGUUCACUGGUAGCGUUUCGCUUUGCACAACUAAAUGGAACCGGUGCGUUGUAUCUGUGGUGAAUUUGUCGCCCCACUCCUUUGUGUGGAUGCGACAGAACAUGCAUCCAAUCACAUGAAUGCGCCGUGAUGUUGCAUUUUGAAUCCCCCACGAUUCGAUAUAUUUUAUUUGCCCGUUGUAUUCUUGAUUAAUUAUUUUUUUGUAAUUUGCACUCGGUGAGACGAUUUUUGUCUCAACCCCACCUGGUGGACGCUGUUUUCAUCAGUGUUGUCUCGCCUCAUCCGGCUUCAUGAUCCUUUCAGUUGGGUACAACAAACCAUCUGUCUUUUUUUGCUCUCUCAUGUUCGGCCUGUGUGCUUGCCUUAUCUUUUCUUUUAAUACUCACGCGCAUGGCUGUUCAACUAUUGUUUGCGUCCAGUCAUGCGUGUCCGUCUACACAUUUCUACGCUUUUAUUUCCUAUCACACAGUUUAGUAGUAUGUCAUGGCUGAUCUGCAGUUUCCUUACCACUCUUUCAACUCCCAACUCCCCUGCUGUUGGCCGCUUUUAACAUUCAUGCGUUUCUCUGAUUGGUUGCCGUGUAUAGUUCUUGACGUAAUUUCUUCAUCUCGUUUCAUCCUCCUCAUCAUUUUAAGCUCAUCUGUUAAAAAUGGCAAUUCAAGUUUUGCUUUUCUUCUUAACACCUUUUGAUACUCGCACGUGACUCUACUCAUUUUACCACUUAUUGCCACAUUUCUACAUUCAUUAUAAAUUAGUUCUCACAUCUUGCUUGGUUUUGGUGUGCAUAAACAGUUUCACUUC